AUGUGGGCAAAUCGAAUAGUGCAAAAACAAAGGGAACUAAUGCUGAUCCAUCUGAUCCGUCAUGGAGCUCUUGUUUCGAGGUUUGCGCUUCACCUCAAUGGUGACGAAUCUCAAAAUUCGAAUGUCAGCAGGCCAAAAACUACCUCGACAUCAUUGGAAGUUCUUCAUAAUGGAGAAAACUCUGUUCUAAAUGUUACUCGAACUUUGAGCAUUUCUGGACAAAAACUUGCUUCUGUAUCGGACGAACACUUCUAUAUUGAGUUAAGCCACGAUGUAGACGAAGUUAAUAAUAAGGGUGAUAUAAACAAGCUUAUAUCAGCUUCCACAAAAGAUUUAUGCAAUAAUGGUUUGUAUGGUGGGAUUCAUCGAGCCUCUGACAAUUGUCUUGAUGCUGUAUGUGAUGAAGUAUCAGCUAAUUCACGCUUUGUGACAAGAAGUUUUUCUUUCUCUGCGCAGAACUGUAAUCAUACUGAGAUCUUCACGACAAGUAAGGAUAAGAACAAUGCAGUUGAUAUUGGAAAAGCUAAAAUAUUGUUGACAGCACAAGGGUAUCAGAAAACACCUUUGUGUCAAUCGCGUGAUUGUAUAUCGUUAACCGAUCGGUCAUCAUCUAAUUUUACUUUUUCAUCUGCGCACAGCAACAAAAGUUUUACUGAUUCUUUUCCUUGGGGCGAUGUUACUUCUUCAGUGGAGUCGCAUAUAUCAACACCGAGAAAUAGUGAUGUUGCAACAAAAGAUAAUACAUCAAUGGAUGCAUCGCUUCCUUAUAUGAUGCUACCAGACACCGAUCAUAUAUCAGGAUGUAAUUUCAACCGAACACAAAUUAGCCGUGAAGAAUAUGUUAAAGACAAAACAAAUGUUGAACAAAAAGCAAAAGUCGAAUUGCCCAAAGACGAACUGAAAAAACAUUGCUUUGUCACUCAGCACACUGUUAUUUAUCCUGUAAGUCAUUUGGAAAUGCAGUAUUUUCCGAAUAGUACCUAUCAGUUCAAAUACGAAGAAAACGAUGAAAAAAGUGUGGACAAGCAAGCAGUUACUUUACGCAGAGAUCAGUGUUCGCAAACUAAGGAAAUUGUGGUAACACAGUCACCAGAGGAUACAAGUCGAGCAGUGUCUGUGUUGAAUACAAUGUUAGAGCGACGUUUAAAUAACAGUGGAAGUCAAAAUGGAUCUUUUACGCAGGAACGAUUAAACAGUUUUUAUUCAACACCACUCGGUUGCCCAAAAUCACCACCACAAAAGAUUUCGAAUUUUCAAAGCUUUACGGUAACCAACAGAUUACAUGACCUUGUUGAUAGAAGUGAUGCUCCAUUACCACAUUCAAAGUGUUUGUCAGUUGGACCUGAGAUGGAUAAAAAAACAGCAACGAUUGUGAAUGAACAGUAUGAACAUAUUGUCCAGGAACCGAAGGAAAUUUUGUUAAAACAAUAUUGCCAGGAAAAUAGCUCUGAGAAGGCAUCACCAAUAUCAGGUAGCGAAGGACGCUCAACAAUUCGCAAUCGUUUGCCAAGAGGACAAACACGUAAACUCGCGUCCUUGUUUGAAACGAUGAGUGAUGCAGCAAGUGUAGAAAUGUUGCGAGAGAUGGAUCACUUGAAACGCCGUGGUAAGUCAGUUCCGCCGAACAUUAACAAAAAAACUUGUCACCAAGAGACUGAAGUCAAUACCAGGGAACUUUUUCAAGAUCUAGCAGUUCCACGCAAAACAAAUGAGAUUGAAGGACACUUUAUAAAAGACGAGCAAGUUGUUGAAGCACGCAACGUACGUAGCAUUGUGAAUCGAUUUGAAUCGGUAUCUGACUCAAAUAAGUGUCAAAAUUCACCACGGACAAUCCAAAUCGAUACAACACCACGAAAACUAAAGAAUCAAAAACGAUACUCACAGUACGCUACAAACAUGUUACAACCGGUGCCAGGUGUUCCCAGUGGCAGAAGUAUUCAAAAUGUUCAGUAUACUGUUGAUUCGAACUACAAUGUCUGUGGUAUUACAAGGUCACCUUCAUCGCGAUCAGAUGAAUGGAAUGAGUGCUCAGGUCACGGAAAUUCCUCGCACAAUUUGCCGUACGGUAGCACGAGCUGUGCUAACGUCUGGGAUCAACAGCAAUACGAAUUAGGAUUGCGCAGGGGAAUAACUAAUCUGAAACGUUACGAUAGCAGAUACAACAGAGUAACGAAUGAGAUUCUUAGUCAAGACCCGUCCUAUGCUAUGCAAACGCAAAUGCGCCAAAUGAAUUAUAAACCUGAAGUACAAUCAAGUUGCCGUAUGGAUGUUAUUACCGAUCGUUCGCAAAAACAUAUUUAUGAGGAAAGACUUGAUAAUGAAAUUGUGGAUCACGUUGCUGAAGUAGAAAAAGCGUUUGAUUUCGUCAACAAGACUGAUUCACUAGCAACUCUUGGUCAACAGUAUUCGCAAGAAUCUCUGGCAAAACCUUUAUCGCCGUCUGCAAAAACUAAUUCGAUCUCACUAUACCGUGAUUUGGAAAGAGAAUACCGUAAAUUGCCGAACAAUGACAUUCCUGUUGGUUUUUCUCCAGCUGCUUAUUCGUCAACUCCAUCUGCUGGCGAGCGAUUGGCAACUUAUGAAUACAAAAAUCAGACGAUAAAAACUACUAAACUUGGAGGUCACAUGGUUUCAUCGAAUCCAAUGGCUACUUCCACUCCUCUUGAUGGUUCACCGGCAACUAAUAGUCGCACGCAUACUUCCGCGAGUUAUAUGCUUAAUCGAAGUGGCUUCUCCUCAAUAGCGGCUUCGACAGCGCACGAAAUCGUUCAACUACAACAGUCAGAUAUAGAGUUACAGACAAUAAAACAAGAAAUAAUGAUCCAGGAGGGUCAGAUUGCACAGGCAUCAUUGGCAUUAACUCACUGUAAGAGGAAUAACAGUUUUAAUGGAACUCUUGUUGAGCUAAGUGCUCAACGUGGUUUGUUACUGGCACGCGAACGACUUCUGGCAUUACGAAAUGAAAUGCAACGUUUGGAAAGACGUCGACUUAUCAAGGAAUCGGUUCCUCCAGUGACGAAACGUAUGCGUGGAGCUAUCGACCUUACAUCAAUUAAUGUUUAUCUUAACCGCAACUUUUGCAUCCGUAAUAUUGAUGAAAAUGUUUCGUACGCUUUCGUUAUCCUUUUGAAAACUGAUGAACAAGUAGAAGCUACGCAAACAGUUACACUAAUGGACACGCGUGCAUUACGUGUUAGCAAAGUUCAUUUUUCUGAUCAAAUUCGUUUCACAAAUCUACCAGUCGAUUUUACAGUGCUGUUGGAGAUCUAUGCUUUGAAAGUUACUGAAAAUCGUCGCUCGGAUGAUUAUUCAUGCAGCAUGCUGAAGAACAAAGCAAAGUCGUUGUUGAGUCCAUCUAAGAAGACAUGUGGUGACGAAUCAGUUGUGGGCUUCUCAGAAUUCACAUGCUGUGGACAUAUCUGUUUGAAUAGGGACACCGUUGGUAUACAAAAAUUCUAUUUGGAUGGAGCAGUUUAUCCACUGGAAGGAACAAUUGAGAUUGACUCUCGCUGCACGACGCUUCCUCCUACCAUUGAAAUCGAUUUCCGAGGAUUCUUGACAAUGUAUCAAGUAAUAUCUGGAUUGGGGUCAUGGGCUAGAUACUGGGCUGUGCUGCGCUGUGGUGUAGUGCAGUUUUGGAAAUAUCCGGAUGAUGAAGCUUCUGAAAAGGUUUCGCCUCCUCUCGCAUGUAUGGACCUUUCGAAAUGUACGGAUAAGGAAAUCAGCCAUGCAUCUCAUGAAAUCUGUUCACGUCCGAAUGCUUUCACCGUCGACCUUUUGGUUCCAACAACACCUUCCCUUAUAGAGAAGAAACGUGUAUUGUUAUCUGCGGACACGAAGGAGCUUUGCAGUGCUUGGUUGAAUGCACUGAAUGGGACACUGGAGGUGCUUCGUGGAUAG